CAAGUCACUUAUUCUGAGGAACAUCAAGGAAACUGCCUCUUUUCAGUGGCCUCUAGCGAAGAAAUCAAAAGCAAGUCCGGAUAGUAUAAUAAAUGGAUGAAAGAGUCACUGUAGAGGUGGUUACUCGGGAACAGUGGGGAGCAGCAGCCCCUCGAUGCCGGGAGACCCUCAAGUGUCCCGCUGAAAGAGUUGUCAUACACCACACGGCACUGUUGCAUUGCGGGGGCAUCCGAGAAUGUAUGGACCAGCUCAUCCACAUACAGACAAUGCAUAUGCAGGAUAGGAACUUUGAUGACAUUGGAUACAACUUUCUUAUUGGGGGAGAUGGCACAGUGUAUAAGGGCCGUGGCUGGGGUGUUGUGGGCGCACAUACCAAGGGCAAUAACUGUGACUCUUUGGGCAUUGCCUUCAUGGGCAACUUCAACAAUCAGAGCCCCAGUCUAGCAGCCCUGUCAUCUGUUAAACAGCUUCUGCAGUGUGGGGUUUCCCAGGGGAAUUUGCACCCUGGAUUUACCCUGCUUGGGCAUAGAGACUUGGGGGACACCGAAUGUCCUGGGGAGAGACUAUAUACUGCACUAAAACAUCUCAAAUUUCCCUGAACAUAACCUUGUCCAUAGGCUCAAUUGCUACUGGUUCGACAGAGAGAGUCGGCUAGCGGAAGAGAUUACCCUGAACAGCACACUGAAAAUUGUGGGACUUCCUUGUGUGUUUUUAAACCACUAGAUGGGGCAAAGACACUUUAUCGAAGCCAUGGCCUAUAACAGGGUUUCCCAAACUCUGUCCUGGGGCCCCCCAGGGUGCACGUUUUGGUUUUUGCCCUAGCACUACACAGCUGAUUCAAAUAACCAACUAAUCAUCGAGCUUUGAUUAUUUGAAUCAGCUGUGUAGUUGAGAUUAGACUAAACGUUAUUUAUUUUGGUAUUCACAUAAAAUUGUCCACAUACCAUUAUGUUCCUUUUUCUAUGAGUGUGCUGCUAUAAGGUGUUCUAGGAAAUAAGAACUGAGAAGGGUGUAAGUGUACCUUACAUUAAGAGAGUACAUUCAAAACAUAUGCUGCUGAACAAGUACAAACUAUUGACAGAAAACUGGAUGGGAUUUCAAUUUUGGGUGGCCAAAAUAUUAUCUUGUCCUGACUUGCUGUGUUGUUCUGGAUGAGUUGAAGCUUUUGGGAUUAAUUGAAAUGGCUUCUCAAAUCACAAAACAAUCAAAUAAAACAUAAUUUGUCAAAGGGAGAAAACCGUAUAGGCCUACCUGUAAGCAUUUCAACAUUGUAAGCCAUGCGUAAAGGCGCAACAUUCCCAACAAGUGUGCACUUGUAUUGCAUAAUGGAGAAUUAAGGGGGACCCCAUAUCAAAUUGAGAAA